GCAUAAGUGCAGAGAUACAUCUCAAAGAUGGUGUACAUACGGCAAGACAAGCUACCGAAGCUCAAAGAAUACAAAUACUCUGGUGUGGAUCACAGUCUGCUCUCGCAACAUGUCCUCAAGCCUUUCUACACCCAUGUGGUCAUCAAAUGUUUUCCUAUGUGGAUGGCGCCUAACCUUAUCACGCUCUCUGGAUUUGGUUUUAUUGUCAUGAACUUCCUCACAUUACUCUGGUAUACCCCGACUCUCGAUCAGGACUGUCCACCAUGGGUGUACGCUAGCUGGGCGAUUGGCCUCUUCUUGUACCAAACUUUUGAUGCCGUCGACGGAAGCCAGGCCCGAAGGACUCACCAGAGUGGUCCACUGGGCGAACUUUUCGAUCAUGGGGUCGAUGCGGUCAAUACUACUCUAGAGGUGUUGCUGUUUUCCGCGACAAUGAAUUUGGGCCAAGGCUGGAAAACAGUCCUAACGCUCUUUGCAUCUUCCAUGACGUUUUAUGUGCAGACUUGGGAUGAGUAUCACACACAUACCCUGACCCUGGGCGUCAUCUCUGGGCCCGUGGAGGGCAUCCUGACACUUUGCAUUAUAUAUGCAUCGACGGCGUUUCUCGGCGGUGGCAGUUUCUGGCAGCGCUCCAUGCUCCAAAGCCUUGGUAUUAAGAAGAAUGAUGUUAUUCCGGAGCUUCUGUUCAACAUGGCAUGGAACGAAUGGUACAUGGUCUAUGGAGGUGCUGUUUUGGUUUUCAACACAGUUUCAAGUGCAACAAACGUCAUGAAGGCGCGUCGUGCCCGUGGGCAAAAGACGCGCGUUGCCUUACUCGGACUUCUCACCUUUGCAGCCGCCUGGAUACUCAUCCCUGCGUACUUGUAUCUGCAGCCUGUGAUCCUGCACCACCAUCUGGUACCUUUCAUCUUCUACGCAGGUCUCGUCAACGCCUACUCCGUGGGCCGCAUCAUCAUCAGUCAUCUUACAAAAUCACGCUUUCCUCGAGGCAACGUACUGAUCUACCCUCUCAUCUAUGGUGUUAUCGACUCCCUUGGCCCAUGGUUGCAAGAGCACACUGGUGUGGGUUGGCCUAGUGCUCUCGGGAACGAUGUUUAUCAAGUCGCCUUUGUUUUCAUGUGCCUGGGCCUCAGUGUAGGUGUGCACGGAAGCUUCAUCGUAGACGUUAUCUGGACUAUCUGCGAUUAUCUCGAUAUCUGGUGUCUCACGAUCAAGUACCCUUACCAGCCAGUAAAAGAGAAUCUGGAGAGGAAGGGCCAGUGA